CGUGGUUUAACGUCAACAUGGCUGAAUCCACGAGAGCAGCCGCGGAGAGUUGAUGUGGCACUAAAGAGCGCGGCGUGAUAGUGAAUUUGAGCUGGAUAAAGAGUAUUUAUUUAGCAGAUUAAGGAACAAUUAUCAUAAUCUUGAAGCAAUUAAUUUAGUUAUGAAUCAUGCCUAGGAGGACUACAAGAGGGAUAUAUUAGGUUCAUUUUGUUCUUUUGAUUUAGAUUUCAGUUGAACAGAUUCGAUCAACAUGAAUCUCCAGAGGCUGCUCUCCUGUUCUUGGCUUUUAACAAGGCCAAAAGCUAUGCAGACUUUCAGAAGAGCUGCUUCACAAGGGAAGAAUCCCUCUUUCUCUCCAUCUCUCACACUCCAUGCUGUGCGUCAGUGGAGUAACGUGCCUUUUUUUACAGUGCCGCUGGCGCGAGCGCACGGUAAGUCAUUUGGCCACCGCAGCGAGCUGCGCCAGGCCAAAAGAAUUGUGGUCAAGCUGGGCAGUGCUGUUGUAACCCGCGGUGACGAGUGUGGCCUCGCUUUGGGGCGGCUUGCCUCGAUCGUAGAACAGGUGGCAGUGCUUCAGAAUCAGGGCAGAGAAAUGAUGAUCGUGACCAGUGGCGCCGUGGCAUUUGGUAAACAAAGGCUGAGGCACGAAAUUCUCCUCUCACAGAGUGUAAGACAAGCCCUGCAUUCUGGCCAGAAUCAGCUCAAAGAUAUGUCACUGCCGGUUUUGGAGGCAAGAGCGUGUGCUGCUGCCGGACAGAGUGGGCUCAUGGCACUAUAUGAAGCAAUGUUCACUCAGUACAGCACCUGUACAGCACAGAUUCUGGUGACAAACCUGGACUUCCACGAUGACCAGAAAAGACGGAACUUGAACAGCACUCUGCACGAACUGCUGCGGAUGAACAUCGUGCCCAUCAUCAACACCAACGAUGCUGUGGUGCCUCCCCCAGAACCCAACAGUGACCUACAGGGGGUAAAUGUUAUCAGUAUCAAGGAUAAUGAUAGUCUUGCGGCCCGUCUUGCCGUAGAGAUGAGGGCAGAUCUUCUUAUCGCUCUCUCUGAUGUAGAAGGACUUUACGACAGCCCACCAGGAUCAGACGACGCAAAGCUCCUGGACACUUUUUAUCCUGGGGACCAGCAUUCCAUAACCUAUGGCACAAAAUCCAGGGUCGGCAUUGGAGGAAUGGAAGCUAAGGUGAAAGCUGCUCUCUGGGCUCUCCAGGGUGGGACGUCUGUUGUCAUUGCAAAUGGUACACACCCCAAAGUCACAGGUCACGUGAUCACAGACAUUGUUGAAGGCAAGAAAGUCGGAACCUUCUUCUCAGAGGUCAAGCCAGCAGGUCCCACAGUGGAGCAGCAGACAGAAAUGGCUCGCGCUGCUGGCAGGACUCUAGCUUCCCUGGACUCAGAGCAGAGGAGUGAUAUCAUCUGUGCAUUGGCUGACCUCCUUACUGAGAGAAAAGAUGAAAUUUUAACAGCCAAUAAAAAGGACAUGGAGCUUACUGUCAGCACAGGUCGCCUGUCUCCAGCUAUGUUGAAGCGACUCAGUUUGUCAUCAUCUAAGCUGAACAGUCUGUCCAUCGGUCUGCGUCAGAUCGCCGUCUCCUCUCAGGACAGUGUGGGUAGGGUUCUGCGCAGGACUCGUGUGGCAAACAAUCUGGAGUUGGAACAGAUCACCGUGCCCAUAGGAGUACUGCUGGUCAUCUUCGAGUCACGGCCAGACUGCCUGCCCCAGGUUUCUGCUUUAUCCAUUGCCAGUGGAAAUGCUCUUUUGCUGAAAGGUGGCAAAGAAGCUGCCAACACAAAUCGCAUCCUGCAUGAGCUCGCCCAGGAGGCCCUUUCCAUCCAUGGAGUGAAAGAGGCAAUCCAGCUGGUGAGCACACGUGAAGAGGUGGAGGAUCUGUGUCGUCUUGAGAAGAUGAUAGAUCUGAUCAUUCCCCGUGGAUCCUCUCAGCUGGUCAGAGAUAUUCAGCGUGCAGCUAAGGGCAUCCCUGUUCUUGGCCACAGUGAGGGCAUCUGCCAUGUCUAUGUGGACCAUGAGGCCAGCAUUGACAAAGCCAUCAAGAUCAUCCGAGACUCCAAAUGUGACUACCCUGCAGCCUGUAAUGCCAUGGAAACCCUGUUGGUGCAUCGAGAUCUUCUCAGAACCCCUCUGUUUGACCAGAUCAUUGACAUGCUGAGAACAGAACAUGUAAAGAUCCACGCUGGCCCCAAAUUUGCAUCCUACCUGACUUUCAGUCCAUCGGAGGUGAAGUCUUUGCGGACUGAGUAUGGGGAUCUGGAGUGCUGUAUAGAGGUUGUGGACAGUAUGCAGGAAGCUGUGGAUCACAUCCAUAAAUAUGGCAGCUCCCACACUGAUGUUAUUGUCACUGAGAAUGAGGAGACAGCAGAGCAGUUCCUGCAGCAGUUGGACAGUGCCUGUGUGUUCUGGAACGCCAGCUCGCGCUUUGCAGAUGGAUAUCGUUUUGGCCUUGGUGCGGAGGUUGGCAUUAGUACAGCCCGUAUACAUGCCCGUGGACCUGUGGGGCUGGAGGGGCUUCUCACUACAAAGUGGGUCCUGCGGGGUGAGGGCCACACGGCUGCAGACUUCUCUGAGCAGGGCAGCAUGACGUACCUACAUGAGAAUCUCCCGGUUGCACAGUCUCUGACUGGACGCAGAAACAUUAGCUAAAGUCAUUUAUUAAAUGCCCCUUUUGUAAAGAAUCCUCUUAAUGCACUUAUUGCAAAUCCCAUUUAAGUGAAAGCACACCCACUUAAAACAGCAUUUUAAAAGGUCCCAUCAGACAGCGUGUUUGAUGCGCAAAUAUAUGAAACCUUACAUGAACAGAUCAAUUCGGUGCACCCAAUUACAUAAAAGAGACUUUAAUAGCAAAUUUUCCAUCGUUUGUGUCAUAUAGUUGGGACUGUAAGAAGGGCCAAACAGUUUUUGACCUCCCUCAAAUCUUAUUUGGGGUCAUUUAUCUUGUUCUUGGAAAAAACAGUUCACUCCCACCUGCUUGUUAAAAAUGUCAUGCCACAAAGGUGGAAGGCGAACCCUACGUUGAUUAAUACAUUAAAUAUAGGUUGGCUUAAAAAUAUAACCUAUCUUGUUUCUCUUACAAUUUAAGGGAUGUUUUGUGCAUUGGAUUGUUUCUUUGGGUAGUGAAACAUUAAGCCAAUCAUGAAUUUCAUUGUAAAUCUAAUGACGGAGCACAAGUCCAACCCAAUACAUUUCUGAUUCCUGUGAGUCUGAGCUGAUGAAGAGGUAGUGCAACUGGCCCCUGUGAUGCCAGUGGUGUAUUUAUGUAAUAUGUGCAAUUUGAAAUUUCCCUGACACAGGCUGUACAAAUCAGUCCAUCAAAGCAUUAAAGAAUCAUUGUGCUAGUUUGUUUAUGUGCUCAGCAAAUUGCAUACACAUAGCUUUAACAAUCUAGAAUGAAUAACUUGUAGCAAAGUUUUGCUCAUUACAUUACAUUAACCUAUUUGUGUUGUAUUAUCUGAAUGCUCAAGUCUGCACAGUAUCAGUUGCUUUUAUUGUAAAGAGAACAAUGGAACAACAUCUCCCAAGUAGACGUAUUCCCAUUUUUCCAUUGUAUUGCUUUCAAUCUCAUUUUGCAUUAUUUUAUGCUUCUUGAUUUUUAAUAAUGAGGAAUGUGCAGUACUGUAAAUGAUUUCCUGUCAUUUGUGUAAAGUUCACCUGGGGCAGACAUCUUUUGUCCUGGACUGCUGAAAAGGGCCUUGUUAUCUUGCAUAAAAGCGCCGUUAACAUUUUGCAAAAUAGUGACAAAUAUGGUGUAAAGUGUCCACAAGAUGUUCACCAAUUUUGUAUGUGGAAUAAAUAAUUUUUUUGUUGUUGUUGUAA